UUAUUCUUGAUAUGGAAUCUAUAUUUGUUAAUUGGGUGUGUACAGUUUAACCAAUUCGGUUGUUUAAUAAUAAUAUUAAGAAUCGCGAAUUUGUUUGGCUAUUUCCCCGAUUUUCCAUCCGGUCUUUCGACUAGAAACAAAUAAACGGGUGGCUCCGGGCGAGAAUGAACGCUUUCGUCCGUUUGAGGUGCACUUUCAAAUCGAUCUAAAUUUCGGGAGUAUCCGGAAUAAGUGAAAACAUCAUUAAUAAAUUGUGUCGAAUAUGGUUCAUUCAACUUACGCCCAAGGUCAUGUUAUGGGAGGUCGGGAUAAUAGUCCCUUAGGCAUUCCGAAAUCACCUUCUUUCCACAGCGGAUUGGAUCUUGUGGCAUCUGCUAGUGUUGAUUCUCUGAAGGCGGCAUACGAGUUGCAACAAAAUACCGGAUUUCCUUCGAAGAUCUCUUUUUACGGGACGGUGAUGACUGGGAAACCGACCAACGGACCAAUCGAAGUAACCGGUAAGAUUUUCGUGAAAAACUCCUUGGCUAUUCGGAGUAUGCAGACUUUGGGACGCCUUUCUAUGUUAAAAGAUGCACCUUCGGAUGAAAGAGAAGACUUAUUCAUACAAAAACUUAGACAGUGCUGCGUGCUUUUUGACUUCGCAUCGGAUCCCCUUUCUGACUUAAAAUGGAAAGAAGUAAAAAGGACUGCACUUCAAGAAAUGGUAGAGUAUGUUACAACACAGAAGGGUGUGAUAACCGAUAACGUAUAUGGAGAAGCUGUAAAUAUGUUUGCUGUUAACCUUUUUCGAACCCUUCCACCAUCGUCGAAUCCUAACGGUGCUGAAUUUGAUCCCGAAGAAGACGAGCCAACACUCGAGGCUGCCUGGCCACAUUUGCAACUCGUCUACGAACUCUUUCUUAGGGUACUCGAGGCACCCGAUUUUCAGGUUAAUAUAGCAAAACGAUACAUAGACCAAAAAUUCGUAUUACAACUAUUAGAUCUAUUCGAUUCAGAGGAUCCCAGGGAGAGAGAUUUACUUAAGACUACAUUACAUAGGAUAUAUGGCAAAUUUCUUGGCCUUAGAGCAUUCAUCAGGAAGCAAAUCAGUAACGUGUUUUAUAGGUUUAUUUAUGAAACCGAACACCAUAAUGGAAUUGCUGAGUUAUUAGAAAUCUUAGGUUCCAUCAUUAACGGAUUUGCAUUGCCUUUAAAAGAUGAACAUAAGCUCUUUCUAUUAAGGGCUUUGAUGCCUUUACAUAAAGUCAAAAGUUUAUCAGUAUACCAUCCACAAUUGGCCUACUGUGUAGUCCAAUUCUUAGAAAAGGAUGCUUCUCUUACUCAGUCAGUUAUUCAAAGUUUACUUAAGUAUUGGCCAAAGACGCACAGUCCCAAGGAGGUGAUGUUCCUUAACGAACUUGAAGAAAUACUCGAUGUGAUAGAACCCGCGGAAUUUCAAAAGGUCAUGGUACCAUUAUUUCGCCAGUUAGCCAAGUGUGUUAGCUCGCCGCAUUUUCAGGUUGCAGAGAGAGCACUGUAUUAUUGGAAUAACGAAUAUGUGAUGUCACUAGUAUCAGAUAACGUGGUUAAAAUACUACCUAUUAUGUUUCCCAGUUUAUAUAGAAACUCUAAAAGUCAUUGGAAUAAAACAAUUCAUGGAUUAAUCUAUAACGCGUUAAAGUUAUUUAUGGAAAUGGAUCAGAAACUUUUUGACGAUUGUACCCAACAGUAUCGACAAGAAAGACAAAAAGAAAAGGAAAGGGAACAUCAGCGUCAAGAAUUAUGGAACAAAGUGGAAGUAUUAGCUUCGAGAAAGCCGGAAUACGAUUCCGUCACGAGAAAUUACAAUUUAAUCAACAACAUCAUCACGAGUCCUGAAAACGACGAUGAGCUCAAUUUAAGUUGUUUAAAAGAUGAAGAUUUGGAAGUAAGUAGAAAAGCUUCAGCACUUUCUGUAUCUUGAUACUUGGAAUAAAAAGCAACGCAACUUGAGUAAACCUUUAAUUCGUCGCAAGUCAGAACUGCCCCAAGACCAGUACACAAUGAAUGCUCUGUCCGACCACAAAAGGAUGGACGACUAUCUAGUAACACCUCCAGACGUCAACAAGUGCUAGUCUCUUCUCCUACAAUACUUGCUGCAUAGAUGGCAGUAAGUUUUGUGCCAAUUGAGGAAAAAUCAAGAAACAUCGGUCUUUCUACCCUCCAUGGAAAUUGAGAUCGAACGAAGCAUGCUUUUAAUUGUAUAUUUAUUUGUUUCUUUAGGACAUGUUAUUUUUUUAUAAAUGUAGAGGAUAUAUGUAUAUAGUUUUUUUAUGCGAAGGCUUGAAAUGAUAGUAAAUCACGGAAGUAUAUA